AUGGGCAACUCACAGCAUUUACAACACACGAGGUCGACAUCCAGCGCAUCCAGUACUAUUCCGGUCAGAGCGUCGACGUAUUCCUGGCCACUCUUCGCAAUCAAUGGCUUGCUCUCAACACUAUCCAUCAUCAACCUUGGGCUGAUCAGCUCUACCAUUGCAUGGCUGCUGGAGCAGAGGCACGGCGUUCAUAGCUUCCAAAUAGGAUGGUCAGGAAGGUCUACUCCUCUCAACGUCGAGCCGAAGAAUCUCUGGGUCGCCCAUAAUUAUGAGAGUAUCGCUGCUGCGGGUUAUGGCCUCCUUGUGGGCAUCUUUGGGAUGAUUACAGCUUGGAGGAUGAGAAAAGCAAGUCGUCGUCUGAAAAGCCUUGAUGCACUAGCUGUAUUCCAGCUCGUGGCCAUUCUGUUCACACUGUCGGUCCUCAUCUUCGUCUUCAUCGUCACACAUGGGACCAAUGGCCAGCAGAUCCGCGAACCGGUAGCGUCCAACAACAUUGGUGUCGACUAUUUUGAAUUUACGUGGACACCGGAGACAUGGAUGACCGCUAUUCUCCAGCUUCCCUUGGUGGAUGGUAGCCAGCGCAAGGAGAUCAGCAGCAAGGUGACGAACAUGGUUGCUUGGCGCUGGAUGCUAGUUGCAAUUUUGAUGGUGGAUUACGUUGCAUUGACUGUUACACUGAUCGCUUGGCUGAAGCAACGAAGAAGCGUCACAUCUCGGACGAGCUCAGCCGACUGGAUUGAGAAAUGA